CCGGGUGGGGAGCCGCCUGUCGCCCUCGCAGGGCGCUGUGGGGAGGGGUGGGUUUGUGUGUGUGUGUGUCUGCAGCAUCUCCCCCUCCCUCUUUGUUUCCCUCUCUGAGCUGAGAGCGGCUGCCAGCUGCUCCUCUGAGCGCUGCUUGUGCAGGCUGGCCGGGUGAACGUGUGUGUGUGUGUGUGUGUGUGUGUGUGUGUGUGUGUGUGUGUGUGUGUGUGUGUGUUAGUUACCCUGGGCUGGGCUCGGGACCUGUUACCCCGGGCGAGCAGUUCCUCAGCGUGCGUUACCCCGGGUUGACUAGAGUGGGCUCGGCGUGUUAUCCCUGGGUUUUGUUCUGGUCCUGUUACCCCGAGCUGAACUAGACUAGCCUGGGAUUGGAUCGGUAUGUGUGAUUCGGACUAGGGUCGGCUCCGGCGUGGGUUACCCGGGUUGGCUCGGUGUGUGUUAACCCGGACUGGACUGGACUGUUUUACGCAGGAACUGGACCGGCGUGUGUCACCCGGACUAGGGUCAGCUCGGUAACUGUUACCCCGAGUAGAACUGGACUGCACUGUGCUGGGUUUGGAUCGGGUGCGUAUUAACCCGGGUUGACUAGGGUCGACUUCGCCGUGGGUUGGCACCUGUUACCCCUGGUUGACUAGGGUGGGCUUGGUGUGUGUUUUCCCCGGGCUAGGUUGGACCGGCUUGGUGUGUGUUAACCAGGGCUGAACUAGACUUGGUUGGAUGUGUUACUCGAACUAGGGUGGGCUCGGAGUGUGUUACCCCGGGCUGGGUUAGACCAGCUCGGCUCGGUGUAUGUAUUAUACCCCGGGCUGGGUUGGACCGGCUCGGCUCGGUGUGUGUUACCCUGGGCUGGGUUGGACCGGCUCGGCUCGGUGUGUGUUACCCCGGACUGGGUUGGACCGGCUCGGCACGGUGUAUGUGUUAUCCCGGACUGGGUUGGACCGGCUCGGCUCGGUGUGUGUUACCCCGGCCUGAACGAGACCGGGGCUAGACUCGGGCUUAGGGGUCGGUUCGGGACCUGUUACCCCCCCCCCCCCCUCUCCCGGGGUUGGAGCGGCUCGGCUCGGCGUGCUGUGUGUGUGUGUGUGUGGUGAGCCGCGGCCGGGCCGGGCUGGGCUACGGGCAAUGGCCGGGCUGUGAGAGGUGCUCGGUCCGCCCCUACAGCUGAGUGAAGAUGGCGGCGAUGAGGCUGCUGACGGGGGCCGGUCUGCUGCUGGCCCUCUGCGCUCUCGGCCUGCUGGCCAUGGCCAUCUGCACCGACUACUGGUACGAGACGGACGCGCGGCGGCACCGCGACCGCUGCAAGAACUACGCCAACAAGAGGAAGGACCCGGGCUUCAUCUACAUCCCGAGCCAGAACCUGCCUCUGCGCCAGGCGCCGCGGAGCCUCCUGCCCCGCUCCCGGAGGUUCUUCCUGGGAUCAGCCCCGGGGGACUCGCACUGCAGCCGCCAGUUCAACUCCACCGUCCUCGGCCUCUGGAGGAAGUGCCACCGCCAGGACUUCGACCAGGACACCGAGGAGCUCAUCUUCAAGGGGGUCGUACAGCGCUGUAUGCCUGUGAAAUACCAUUACUCCUCUUCAACAGUCCCACAGAAUCUGCCAGUCAACUUAACCAUGAGCAUUCGGCAGGAUGAGUGGCACGCACUACAUCUGCGCCGGAUGACAGCAGGUUUUAUCGGAAUGGCAGUGUCCAUCAUCCUGUUUGGCUGGAUCAUCGGGAUCCUGGGCUGCUGCAAGGACCACGACCUGAUGCAGUAUGUGGCUGGCCUGCUGUUCCUCAUGGGAGGCACCUGCUGCAUCAUCUCCCUCUGCACCUGCGUGGCCGGCAUCAACUUCGAGCUGUCCCGCUUCCCUCGGCACAUGUACGGCCUGCCCGAGGACAUCAGCCACGGCUACGGCUGGUCCAUGUUCUGUGCGUGGGGCGGCCUGGGACUCACGCUGCUGGCGGGCUUCCUCUGCACCCUGGCCCCGUCCCUCAGCUCGCCGCACACGGCCGUCCAGAAAGCGCGGGUGGAGAACGGCACCAUGUGACCCCCGGGGGAAGGCUCGGACCAGGUGACCGAGCAUCACGUGACACGGAGAUCACAUGACCACGGACUCGGCAGACCGCCCAGUGCCAAUCACCCGGGAGGCGCGGUGAGACAUCUCUAAAUACUGCCUCACUCAGCAGUUUUAUUGAAUGUAAUUUAGUAGAAUGACUUGUGAUAAAGAGCGUUCACACAUGUAAAAAAAACUUCAAGAAAACAUCUUUUAUUCCCCCCCCCCCCACUAAUGCAUUGAAAUCUCACGCCCCCUUGUACAAAUUUCGAUGCUACUCGCAGGGUCCGAGGAACGACCGACGCCUCACCCCUUGCAGAUCAUUGCUGCCCUCUCCUACCCCGCAGCCUUGACGGAGGCAAAAAGGUGCUGAGGGGAGGGCGGCGGGACUGGUCAGCCCAGGGUAGUACUUUGUAAAGUGUGCAUCUAUUUGUACAAAUACCGAGACAUCUUUUUUUCCACUUGUACAGAAUCCCGCCGCUGUAAAUCGCUCUGCCGUCUACCCAUUUGACUCAUUUUUUGGUUAGAUCUUUAACACAGUUGGAAAUGCAUUUUUUAUAAUAAAACUCAUUAAAAAUUCAAAUAAAACAAGCUGCAGGACCUUGUGGAGUGCAGCUCACUCUGCAGCCCGUUCUCCACUUCCUUCACAGGGCUGAGUCUGGGUGACCGGAGCCUCAGUCGUGGUAGGUGUCGGUCAUGCCCGGUUGUGCAGCUGGUAAUCACUUCUGUACUGUCGUGGAGUGCAUAGAGCUG